AUGCAAACCAAAUCCAAAUCCAUCCAGUCGCCGUGCAUGAGGCAGAAAUUUCAGUUGUGGUGCAGGCAGGGUUUUCCUCUUAUGAAUGCUAAUGCUACAGUAGAUGUUCCCUGCGAGGAGGAGACAGAGACAGAGAGAGAGCCCAAGUUCCAACUGCCCGGACAUGGCCACCGUCUUGCCCGCCCGCUCCCAAGGCUGGCAUGA